ACAAGGUCAGUUUGAGGGACCCUCGUUUUUUGUACCUUUUGGAUAUCGGUUAUGUCCUGUAAAACACGUUAUUAGAAAGCUUGCUUAUAUUUGACUUUUUGUUUGGAAGAUCGCAUUGCACCUGUGCCUCUUCAUUUCAUUCGUUUUAUAUGAUCUCUUAUUGAGCCUGGUCACUCAAUCGAAUUCGAUCUCAAGAUAUCUGAAAAAAAUUAACACUUGUUCUUCUCUUUCAGAUUUUUUAUUGCCUAGUUGGUAGCUGCUCUCUGAGUAAUUCACUCGUAUUUCCCAUACGACGUAUUUGCUAAUAUAGCUUGACUAGCAACUCGGAAUUACAUUAGUAGGAUGACGGGGACCGACGAGGAAUUGAAGGAAGCUGCUGAAAUGGAUCACCAUCAUUUCGUCAAAACUCUGUCGGCUUUUAGGUUUUUUGGUCCACAUCUUCUUAAAAGAGUCGAACGCUCGCGAGCUUAUUAUUACUCGUUACCGUCUACUCACCAUAAACUUAUUCGUGAAUUUGAUGAUAACCUCAAAAAGGUUGAGGAAUGCAUCCUGCACAACAAUGAUUUAAUAACCAGCAUUAUUAAGCAUUCCGCUCCAGAUAUUUUCAACGGGGAACAUGCUUGUGAGUUGAAUGGGACAGUUGGUUCAUCAAACGGAACAAAUUUGGAUGGCAGUCACGCGGUCGGUCCCCGGGAAAAAAUUGGUCCUUUUGCAUUUACAAAUACAGAAAUGGACAAAGUUCGGUCAGCUUUAAAACAAUUUGUAAGAGAUUGGUCGGUUGAAGGAAAACCGGAGCGAGAUAUAUGUUACCAAUUUGUACUUAAUGAUGUUUUAGAACUGUUUAACCCGAAGAAAGUAAAUCCUGCGAAUGUUAACAUCCUAGUCCCAGGGGCUGGCCUUGGUCGAUUGGCUUGGGAACUUGCUCAUCUUGGCUACACAUGCCAAGGAAAUGAAUGGAGCUUGUACAUGCUUAUUCCAGCUUAUUUUAUUCUAAACACAUGCAAACAAGUUAAUGAGUAUAAAUUGUAUCCAUGGGUCGGUCAAUUUUGUAAUAAUAUGUCACGUGAAGAUCAAAUAACCCCGGUUCAUUUCCCUGAUGUAUGUCCAGCAGAUUUACCUGCUAAUGUUCAAUUUUCUAUGGCAGCUGGAGAUUUCGUUGAAAUUUAUACUGAUCCAAAUACAUGGGAUUGUAUAGCCACUGUGUUUUUUAUUGACACAGCACAUAAUAUUCUUAGUUAUUUGGAUACAAUUUGGCGUAUACUUAAACCUGGCGGUUAUUGGAUCAAUUUUGGUCCAUUAUUAUAUCAUUUCUCUGAUAUACCUGGUGAAGAUUCUUUAGAAUUAAGUUAUACAGAACUUCGUUUAGCUAUUAAACGAUUAGGUUUUGAAAUUGUGCGUGAAAAAUCUAAUAUUCAAUGUGGUUAUACACAAAAUUCAUCAUCAAUGCUAUCAUAUAAUUAUAAUUGUGUAUAUGGUUUAUUUCGUAAACCAUUCAUAACAACAAUAUCACCGACAACUGAAACUACUGUAACCAAAUUAAUGUCAACAUUGAAUACCACUACUUCAACUCUCAAUGAUAUGGAAUAAUAGUAAUAGAAACACAAUUUUAUGUAAUAAACCCUGCCAAUCAAACAUUCUUAUUAUAAGCAAAUGAUUGUUUUGAUGUUCAUUUCAAAGUGUUCAAGAUUUGAUAAUAAAAAUUUAUUAUUUUUUUUUAGGUUUUUUAACUUUACAAUCGUUCUUCUUUUUUUCUUUCAAAAUGGUAUUACAUAAUUCAUUGAAUCCAGUUAAUGCAUUGUAUUCUUAUCUGAAUUAAUGAAUAUUCAAUACAGUAUAUGAAAGUGUUGUAGUGCCUUUGUUUAAAUGAUUAGACUGUCGUCUAUUUGAACAACAACAAUUAAUUACCAAUCAACUUUGAUCCAUGUAAUUUAAUUGUAAAGUAUAUAUACAAAUAUAUAGGAUUGUUCUUAUCUUUA